UUUUUCUAAAUAUCUUUUCUAUACCUUUUGAUCACGUCUCUGGAGCGGUAAAGAAUAGGUUAGGAAUAAGAAUUAAUCGUCGAAUUGUUCACUUUUAUAAGGAAUAAUAUCGCUAGGUGUCUAAGUUUUUUGAUAACAGAUAGUAAUAUGAAAAAUAAUAUUUCUCAUCGCAGAAAUAUUUCAGUAAUAAAAAUAUUUGAACUUCUUUAACGUUAAAUGUGAAGACUAAAAGAAGUUCAAUACGAUGCCGACAAACGAUACGAGACGCGAUGAAAUUCGCAAGAUUCUCCUGUCGUUGCUGCUUGCUCGACCGGGAGCCACGCCGAUCACCAUUCUCGAUCGGGAUUAUUACGAAGUCGAGGGCGAGCGUAUACCAUGGCGUAAGUUCGGCUAUGCCGAUGUGGCAGAAUUUCUCAAGAGUAUGCCAGAACACUUUGUAAUCGAAUGGUGCAAUGGUGGACACUACGUGCGCGGGAUCGCGUCAGAAAAAACUAAACACGUAAGCUCGCUGGUGUCCCGCCAGAAGUCCACUUCAAAGUCGAAAUACAUUGCACCUCGUUUUCAUCGGCCGUUCAUCAAUCGUUACAUACCGCAAAUGCAGCGACAGCGAGUCAGGAUCCCGGCCGAGCAGUUAUCAUAUCUCGUAACGUUUGUCCAGGACAAUCCAAAUGGUGUGUAUCUGCGAGAUGCCCUGGCGAUAUUACAAAAGCAAUUGCCAUAUGUCAUGCUCUCUUUGUACGACUUGCGGGAACAACUGCACGAGCUGCCGCAUUCCUUAUAUUUGGACUGUGAUAUGAUUUAUCCCGUGAACAAUGUUUCACGAGAGGCAAAGAACUAUCCACAGCCUCCGACAUCGGAGCCACAGCCUCCGACAUCGGAGCCACAGAACAUGCCACGAUCGUCAGCCAUGGAAACAACGUACGUCGCCGGAGAUGAGGGAUCUGAUUUUCUGGAGGAUUUGAUCGACGACGACAGCUUUGUCCCGGUCAAGUAUUUAAACAGCAAUUAUCCAAAGCAAUCGAAGACGAGUGAGCGGCUCGCCGCGAGCUUUGCGCGGAAUGCGAGUAAUGAACAAAACGCAAUGUCCAAUCACAAUGACGACGUUGAUGUCGACGAGUAUUUUGCCGCGACGAAUAACAGUGACAACCCGAAAACUAUGAUCGCCGAUUACAUUGAUCUUUCCUCGCUGAUAAGCAAUAGAACGAAGUCGCGAUUGGAUCAGCUAGUACAGAAACACUCAGAGGGUAUCUGGUGUGCCGAUCUGCCCGACAAAUAUUUGAAAGAAUAUAAUAUACAUCUAAAUUACAUCGAACUAGGCUUCACUAGCGUGCGCGAGUACGUGUCUUACCUACCGGAUAUUUUUUAUAUGACACGAGCGAAUUCGACCGACGACUUUUUAUUGUAUAGCGCGGACAAGAGGCCGACAGUUCCCGACCAAGAAGUAGCGAGAUCAGAAUCCAUCGAAAUAAGACCAAGCUUACGCGAGCAGCAUGAUGAACACAAUGCAGUGCGAACACAACAUGACAAUGAUGAUGAUAACGCACCGAUUCCAGCAGAUGUUUCUCCUACUAUAACAAAGAUAUUUGCACCUGAUGAUGUAAUGAAUUACAAUGAUAGCGUGGAUCUAAUACUAGUGACUGAUUUACAACGUGACAGAAAAUAUUUAGAGAUAUAUGUUGUAGAAUUAUUUAAUCCAACCUUCUUUUGGAUACAUCUGCGAGAAAACAAGAAACGCUUUGAUAGAUUUAUGAAUGAAUUACAUACUUUUUACGAGUAUAACAAGGAUAAGUACACCAUUCCAAAGAUUGCUCUAAAAAAAGGUCUAAAUUGUGCAUGUAUAUAUGCAAGUAAAUGGCAUAGAGCGAUCAUUAGAUCCGUAAAACCGGAUUUCAGAGUGACAGUGAUGUUUUACGAUUACGGCACUUUGAAGACAUAUGCGCCCGAGGAUGUAUAUUAUUUGCACAAACAGUUUUCCUUUCUACCUGCGCAAGCGAUACCUUGCGGCUUGUAUAACGUUAAACCAUGUGUUGGUGAUCGUUGGAAAAGAAGUGUGACAGUGAAAUUGUACGAUAAAAUUAGUGAAGCUCUUUUAGCCUUAACCAUAGUCUCUGUUGAUCCUCCGAACAAUUCCAUGAUGGUCGUUUUAUCCGAUACAAGCGAAGAAGAGGACGUACAUAUAAACGAUUGGUUAAUCAAAGAGAAACUAGCGCAAUGCGGUAAAAUGGUGUGUAUGUGCGACAGCUUUCUGUAUUUUCAUUAUUUGACAUGUAAUAAUAUUAGUAUACAAUCGCCUCUAUCUACGUCAGUUACCUAUGUCAAGACAUUCGAUAUAAAAAAUGAUAUAGUAAAUGUAGAUAAAGCGCGACAUGAUAGAAAUCAAUCGAUACCGUGCAAUAAAAGAGCGCAUACAUUAUUUGAUGUAAAGAGUGAAAAUAAUGUGAAGAGCGAAAGCAAAACUGUCGAGGCUUUGCAUAACAUCCCGUCCAGUAAAAAAGCUUUCCUGCAGAAGUUGCGGGAUAUUAAUUCACUGGAUGCUGAAUCAUCGGCUGCUAAAUCGCAAUCAAUAGAUUAUUCGAAAAACGAAAAACCAAGCGGUCCCAGGAAAUUGUUGGAAAAAUUGAGAGCAUUGAAUGUUACAUCCAAUUCUAAUUUGAGCAUUUCGGCACUAAAGCCAAACCAUGAUUUUAAAGAUAAUGUGCAACAAAUCAAUUCAGAUAUGAAGGCUGAUUCACAAGAUGAUAAUGGAAACUUCAAGCAUUGUGCAUUGAAUAUGGAUUUUGGUUUAAGAGAUUCCGACAACGAAGAAAAUAUUGAAAAAGAUUUUGGAACAUUUAGAAGUUUAUAUGGCGGACAUGGUUCGAUGGAGCCUUUUGAUUGGUCAUUAAUAAAAAAGAACGAUCAUUUUCUUCACCAAGCAACUGUUACAUCACAUAAUAAUUUAGACAUUCUAAUUAAGGAGUAUAAAAAUAAUGUAACAGAAGAUGAAUCAGAAUUGCAUAAAUUAAAUAAUUUAAAAAAAGAAUCACUACCUGCUAACCCCUAUUUUCUAAAUAUAACUCGUAAGGAGGAGGAAUAUUACUUACCUGAGCAGAAUAUCAAUUACGAUUUUAAGAAUGUGUCUCAAUCCGUGGCAAAGUUGAGAAACAGAAUGGAAGUGUAUAACGAUAAGUAUACAACAGUAGUUGUGACAAGGGACAUACUUGAAAUGUGUAAUAACAUUCAAUCCCAAAAUAUAUUAAAUCCUGAUACGAAUACUGUUCAAACCAAUGGUGUAGCUUCUUCAAUAAAAGAGACUACCCAAUCCAAGAUCAUAAACGAAAAUGGCGAAGCAUAUGAAACAAAAACUGAACAGAAAAUAGAGAAAAACAGAGAUUUUGAUGCAGAUAUGAAAUCAAUCUCCUCUAAUAUGAUUAAUAAUAAAGAUUUAAGAAUAAAUAAGAAAACGUUUGAGUGCAGUACAGAUAGUUCUUCUGAAUCCAAUACAAUUAAUAAAGUAUGCAAUCCCAGAUACAAGAAGUUGCUAGAUCAAAUAAGGCAUAUGAAGAUGAAUUCAGUGAAGUCCAACACUUCGAUGGACUUCCUUAAUACAAGGAAUUCUCCAAGCAGCGAGCAAAUUCAAUCAUCUUCCUGUAGUCACAGCAGUAGCACUACUGGUAGCAUGAUCUCGUCAGAUGAUGAACAACGUGAGGACUUCAAGAACCAAAAUAGCAUGCGUUUUACCAAGCUACGCAACUUUUCGAAACUUUCGUCCACAUCCUCGAGUGAUUUUUCGUUAGAUUGCAACUCCAAAGAAACUAGAGGUCUUUUGUCUUCGGAAAAUGAUUCUCUUGCUUCUUUAAAUGUGGAUGAUUUCAAGCAGGAUCAAUUGGUGAAAAUUGAUGCGAUUGCUUCUAACGUUGACGAUUCAAAACAGCCGAAUGUGACAGUUAAAGCAUCACGCACUUCGAAGAUGUUGGAACUGGUGUUGAAAAACGUAGAAAAUGCGACGAGCGUUAUCGAAUUGGAUUCCGAUGAUCUGAGUAACCAAGAAAGUGUGGCGAGUGAUAAAAGCUACAACAAGGAAGGAAGCGAAUUGGUCGACGAGUUGGUGGUGGAUCGUGUGAAAUGCAAAUCGAGUAACGAUAUAAGCCUGUCUGAGAAAACACUUUCUCCGCCAGUGUUAAAUGAUUGCGAUAUGGAAUCCGAUGAGAGCGAUUGGGACGGUUAUGGUGAUGCCGUCGACAUGGCGAGCAUAAUGAAGUAUGUAGUAAACAAUUCGAAUCAAUUACCGACGUAUUGUUUCGGGGAAGAGAGCCUAAUGUCUGAUAGCCGCUGCAUAGCAACAUCCACCGAGGAGAUGCACGAGAAGGUACCUUUGGUCUCAUCAAAACCGACUCAUCUGUGUCGCGAUAGCCUUGAGCAACAUUCGGUGAGGCCACCGCCGGGUUUUGCACCUCUCAGCGAAAAACCCAGUCUAUCUAGCAUGUCACCGAGAACUGUUAGCGAUAUAUAUUCCUUCGGAAAUACAUCGAAUGUGAAGACAAGCUACAGUAAUGCAGAAGUGAUUACGAAUCCAUUCUUGAGUGACCAACAAUUCGUGAACGACAAUAUUAUUCCUAACGACAUAGCGAAGCAGAUAUUUACGAAGAUUUGGAAUGAGAAUGUGCAGUUGAUCAUCAAUUUGACCCAGAUUUUAUAUGAUAUAAUGGAAUGUUCGCCGCUCAAUAGAAACAUAUUUGAAAAUCACAUGACAAUCCAGCAUCAUUUCAAUAAGUUUCUCAAAAGCUUCGAAAAGAGACUGAUACCGGACAACGAUCAGUCUACGGUCAGCACGUCAUCAACGUCGCUCAAUCUCGCAAGAGAAACGAUGCCGGAUAAAGUCGGCUUGGCGGAAAAAAUGCCGAUUAAUUCGAAUACCGAAAGUUUCGUGAAUCGGAAGCUUGCGGGCAUGAACAAUUUAUCGCUUAAUCUCGCAAGAGAAACGACGCCGGAUAAAAUUGGCUUGGCAGAAAAAACUCCGAUUAAUUCGAAUACCGAAAGUUUCGUGAAUCAGAAGCUUGCGGGUAUGAGUAAUUUAUCGCUUAAUCUCGCAAGAGAAACGACGCCGGAUAAAGUCGGCUUGGCGGAAAAAACGCCGAUUAAUCCGAAUGCCGAAAGUUUUGUGAAUCGGAAGCUUGCGAGCAUGAGUAAUUUAUCGCUAUCGAAUCCGUUCAAUGAUGACAAACCACCACAGACUCACAACAUAUUUUCCGCUUACUGUUCAAACGGUUAUACUUUUACAAGCAAUUGGCACCAACCUGACGGAUUCAAUCCUCAUGUCCAAAUACCGUCUCCAGUAACUCCAACUUCUGCACGUUCCAUGUUUAACAAUUGCGGACCAUCAUCGGUCACGGCCAAUGUUUUUUUCCCGAACGUCGAUCAGGGCAAUGAAAACUCUUCUGCGACGAAGCCAGUAUCUCCAAUGAUACCGAUGAACGCUGGCUCUAAUAACAGUCGUAAUUCUUCAAGUUUCUUCAGUACUGUGAAUAGCGAGUGGGCCAACAUAUUCAAGGAGACGAAUCCCUUCAAGUUUUCUAUAGUUAAUGACAUGCCGGAGAAACAGAAUGAGCGGAUAGCGAACAAUUAUGAUACGAAUUCUGCAUCAUAUCUAUCCGUUAAAAAUUUACAUGAUCAUUCUUUGAAAAUGGAAGCUAUGAACAUUCACGCGGCGAGCAAUGGCUUUACGGUUGCGGAACACGUUAACGUCAAUAGCGCUGAAAAUUACACUCCUAGAAUUGUCUACGAAGCCGGUCCGGUAAUGUAUAAUACGCAGAAGAAGCAAACGGAUGCAGAUAUGAAACAUAGCUCUUGCAAUAGCAAUUUUAAAAAUGAUGGUAACAUGACUCUCAAAAAACAUUGUAGUAAUAAGGAAUUGUCUUCGCAAUCUGCGAAUGAUAUCGCUACCUUGUAUUCGAAGCAUGAUAGCUCACACAUUAACGAAGGCUAUGUCAUUCGACCACCAACCGAUUAUACAUUGCAAGACUCGCCUCCGAUUAUAAGCAGCAAACCGAAUUAUCAUCAACAAAACGAGCGAAUCGUCUCCCCUCAAACUUGGAAACAAAUCGAGAUUCCAGAACAUUGGAUUAACUCGCAAUUCCGAAACGGCGCUUCUUUACAAAAUCCUAAUGAAAAGCCUAUAUUUAGCAAAUUGGUUAAUUUUUCAUCUCAUAAAGACUGGAAUUGUAAUAAUAAUAGAGAACCUGUAACCCAAAAUAUGAAUGGAAUGAUUGAUUUAAGUUAUAUUUUCCAACGGAACGACAAAGAAAAACCGUUGGAUAUGUACAAGAAUUUCUGGAAGAAUCCAUCUUACAUUGAGAAACAAAAAUCCACUGAAUAUAAAAAUGCGAACAGUGACUUUUUUUUUGAUACCUCUUUUGUGUUUCAGAAAAUUGAUUCAGUUAAAAACGCGACAUUUGUGUUUCACAUAGAAGGGGAAGGUUGGAUAUUGACACACGAAUUUGUGGAAAUUUUUACGAAUCUCAAAUUAUGCUCUCGUCUGAUGGCUAUAUUAGAAGCAAUGAAUAUAAAAGCUACAUUCAAAGAAAUCCAAAGAUCCGAUCAUCCAGUACAAUUUUUACGACUUGACCAUUAUCCUUUAAAUGUUCCUCGAGAUUCCGAUAAGCGCAUUGUCUCCAUUCAUUUAAUCUCGUUACAAACAGCAUUGUCAUUAUUGCAUAAAUUGAAGAUAGUCACUCGCGAGGAAAUAGAUAAUGCUUUCAAGAAAAAAGAGUUCCUGGACGGUUCUAUUCUGCUUGAUAUGUGGAUGUUAAUCGUCACUUACCGCGACUUAAAACAACGCGUUGAAGAAUGCAAGUUAUGGAAUGUAAAUGCUUAAAACGCGUUCACAUUGCAAAUAGCUUUGUAUAACUUUUGUUUAUUAAGUUUAUACCUUAACCGUUAAGUUUACAUCUGUGAUCGACACUAAUGUUCCUUUUUGUACAAACAGAACAUAAGUUCUAUUUCUAUUUUUUUGACAUUUAUAACGCGGGCAGAUUAUGUUUAAGUUAUCAGAAAUUUUUGAUUCUUUAAAAUAUGACUAAUUUAGGUUUAUUAUUUAAUUACGAAUAACCGAGCAUGAGAAUAUGAAACGUACUGAAUUAUAUAGUUUCAUUUAUCAUACUAUUAUUUCUAAUGUUUAACAUAAUUUUUAAAUGAAAUUACAUUACUAACAUUUCUUGGUUAAAUACAACUCGAUAGUCUUAAGUAUAUUAGAAGUUAAGAAAUAUUGUUGUAUUCAGUUAUGCGUUCUAAAUGAGAAAAUAAAUAAAACUAAAUGAUAAAAUUC